AUGGCCAUCCUCUCAUCCCCAUCUCUGCAUCUUUACGAGAAGGCAAGCACGAUCAAGAUUAUCAUGCUUCUCCUUCUUCUUCUUCUUUCUUCAGCUUUCCAUGUUUCUCACAUUGAUGGCGCUAGGAAUGUGCCUCCGCAUCCACUGGUAGAUGAAAAGAUCAGGUGCAACAUUUCAGGAGAGAUUGGUGGCGCGGCCGUUCCGUGUGAUGGCGGUGGCGGAGGAGGAGGGGUUGGAAUUGGUGUUGGUGUUGGUGUUGGUGGCCAAGCUCCCCGUGGAGGAGGCAGUGGGAACCCUGGUCAGGGAGGCCGCUCUCCUGUGGGAGGUGGUGCCGGUGGUAGAGGAGGAGGCCAUGGCUCUGGCUAUGGCGAUUGUGGGACCAGAGGAGGAGAUUGUAAUGAAGGAAGAGCCGGGGGAAACCCUGGUCAAGGUGCCCAACACUCUGGAAGAGGAGAGGGAGGAGGAGGUAAUGAUGGUGGUGACUGUGGUUCUAGAGGGGAAGUCUGUGGCAAUGGAAGAGCUGGCGGCUUUCCUGGUCAAGGUUCACAACCUCCUGUAAGAGGAGGAGAAGGUGAUGGUAGCUGUGGCUCCGGAAAAGGUGAUGAUUGUAACAAUGGAAGAGGUGGUGGAGGAGAAGGAGGUCGUGAUUGUGGCUCUGGAGGAGGUGACUGUAGCAAUGGAAAAGGUGGUGGAGUAUCUGGCCGUAACCGCCCUAUAAAAGGAGGAGAAAGUGGUGGUGACUGUGGCUCGGGACGGGGUGAUUGUGACGUUAAUGGAAGAGGUGGAGGAAAUCCUGGUGAAGGUGGCGGACGCCCUGUAAGAGGAGAAGGAGGAGGAAGUGGUGGUUCUGGAGGAGGUAGUAGAAAUGAUGGUGGAGAUUGUGGAGGAGAAAAUCCUAGUGGAGGCAGCCAACGCCGUGGAAGAGGGGGAAAUGGCGGCGGUGACUGUGGUUCUGGAGAUGGCAAUGGAGACGAUGAUGGAAAUUGUGGAGAAAUUGGGAGAGGUGGUGGAUCCGGAGGAAGUGAAACGCCCAGAGGGGGCGACAGCGGCGGCGGUGGUGGAAAUGGUGGGAGAGGAGUCGGUUAUGGUUACGGCUACGGCAGCGGCAGCGGCGGAGGAUAUGGGAUGGGAUACGGAUACGGCGGAAAUGGAGGAUAUGGAGUCGGGAUGGGGUAUGGAAACGGUGGUGUUGGCGAGGGCAUUGGAGUUGGCAUUGGUGGUGGCGGUGGCGGUGGCGGUGGCCCUGGAAAAGGAGGUGAUCACGGUCGUUGA